AAAAGCGUACACAUGCAUCCACCACAACCCAGUUCAGUGACGUCUGCGGAGUUGGCAUAUCAAGAGGGUUCAGAAACAACCAAACAUAUCAGUGUAGCUCUACCUGACUUUCUAAAGUAGCAUUGGUUUCAGUGCAGCACCUGUCUCGUCAUGGCUGACGACAUGUCCUCUCUGCUGAGCCUCGAGGGGGAGCUCACGUGCAGUAUAUGUCUCAGUCUCUUCGAGAGCCCCGUGACCACGCCUUGUGGCCACAACUAUUGUCAAGGUUGCCUGGAUGGGACAUGGCGGGACAGCGAACAGACGGGACUCGGUUUCAACUGUCCGCAGUGCCGGUCCCACUUCGUCACCAAACCCGAGCUGAGGAAGAACACGGUUCUUGACGCAGUGCUUGACAAGUUCAAAUUGAAGUCAAAGGCCAAUAUCUUCAGCGAUGUCACCACGACGACGAAGACGGAGCCAGAGGCGGCGCCGAUUAAAUGCGACGCUUGCAUGGGGGGAAAGGCAUGCAAGACCUGCCUCACCUGCAUGGCGUCCUACUGUGUGGAGCACAUGAGACCACACCAGGAGAACCCGGUUUUUGCCACACACCAGCUCCGCGAGCCACUGGCAGACCUGCAGGGGCGCAUCUGCCCUGACCACUCAAAAAUUAUGGAGUUAUUCUGCAUCCAGCACGGACGCUGUAUUUGCAGCUUCUGUCUGCAGCAAGAGCACAAGGGCUGCACCUUCCGUACGCCAGACGAACAACGGUUUCUGCAGGAGUCUGACUUAAAGAAGAAGCUGCCUCAGCUGGAUGGUAUGAUAGAGAAGACCCAACUGGUCUUGUCCCAGAUGAAGGAACAGCAAAGUGUGCUGAAAGCCUCCGCGACCAAUCGGAAGCGAGAGCUAGAAAUGAUGUACAGGCAGAUCAGGGAGAUGCUCGACAGAGACGAGCAGCAGGCCGUGAAGAGUGUGGACAAGGAGGAGGAGGGUGCCCAGUCCAAGCUCUUCUCAAUGAUGAAAAGGUUCGACCAGAACGUGGAGGAGAUGAGCGGGGCAAGAGACGGCAUCACCCGCCUUUUGGCCCAGACGCAGUCCCUGGCUUUCCUGCAGGCCAGUGUGGACCUGCCUUCAGCUGUGGACGUUGAGCAGCACAUUCCUCGGCUCAACAUCAACACCAAGCGUGCCCACCUUGAGUCUGCCACUGCCCUGAAAGAGUACCUGAAAAACAUACUAAAGCAGCCUGUAGAUAAUAGAGUCGCACUGCUCAAACCAGGACUAAUUAAUCCUGGACCCCCUCCUGCAACAAAGAUGGAACCAAAGAAGAAGAAGACCCUGUCAACCAGGAAACCUGACCAGGACUCAUCUAAAGAAGACAGACUAAUUAAUCCUGUAAAUCCUGGACCCCCUCUUGCAACAAAGAUGGAACCAAAGAAGGAGACCCUGUCAACCAGGAAACCUGACCAGGACUCAUCUAAAGAAGACACUGACAACAUGGCCAGUCCACGACUAUUGCCCAAACCACUUUUCCCAGGACUGAUUAAUCCUGUAAAUCCUGGACCCCCUCCUGCAACAAAGAUGGAACCAAAGAAGGAGGAGAUCCUGUCAACCAAGAAACCUGACCAGGACUCAUCUAAAGAAGACAAAACUUCGAAGAAACACCCGAAUCCUGCUGUAGAGGCAGCUGUCAAAGAGGCGAAGGAGCGAAUGAGACAAUUUCAUUUGGCUGGAGCACAACUCGGCACCCAACCAGCGUCACUACAGGAAACACCUCCAAGUAUCAUGUCUCCAGCGAAAAGAACUGACCUUCUUAAGUAUGGAACCGUGCUCACGCUGGACCACAGGACGGCGCACAAGCGCAUCGUGCUGUCCGAGAACUUCACCAAGGCCUCAGUGUCCGAAGAGCCGGCCGCUUACCCCGAUAGUCCCGCCCGCUUCUCCAUGUGCUUGCAGGUGCUAUGCACCAAGGGUUUCUCCCAGGGCCGCCACUACUGGGAGGUGAAGAUGACCAGCAAGAACUUCUGCAGCGUGGGCCUGGCCUACAACAGUAUCAACCGCAAGGGCCCCGCCAGCUGCCUGGGCCGCAACGCGCAGUCCUGGUGCGUGGAGUGGUUAAACGACAAGCUGUCCGCCUGGCACAACAGCAGCGAGACCGUGCUGGCCAACCCCAGCUCCAGCCGCGUGGGGGUGCUGCUCGACUGCGCCGAGGGCACCGCCACCUUCUACAGCGUGGCCGACCGCACCUACCCCUUCCACACCUUCGUCUACCCCUUCUGCGAGACCGUCUACCCAGCUUUCUGGAUCGACUCCAGCAACACGGCCAUCACGCUCUGCAAGCUGAUCAACUGAGCGCGCUCCCUGUGCCUGGCGCUCAGCUGUCUCCCCCCCCCCACCUCCUGCCCGCGCCCUGCUACCCUAACCUCCCGCCUACCCACUACCGACACCUCCCACUAGCCCCUGCUACCCCACCUCCUGCAACCCCCCGCCCCCUAUCCCGCCACUACCCCCCCGCCCCCUACCCCCACCUCUCGCACCCCGCCCACCUGCUUCUUCUCACAGUGAUUACAGUGCUUCCUCCGCAGUGAAGUAAUUAAAAGUAUUCAUAGGUGGAAAAUCCAUGUUCAGAAAGCAAAAGUUCUCCCCAGUGUUUUGUUCCAACCACCUGGAUUUGCCAAUUAGCCCAAUUCUUCAGCCAGGAGGCAGAACUAAUUAAUUAAAUCAGCUGGCUGACUUCAUAGGUUGAAGAAACACAUGGUAGGACAUUUACUUUCUCACCCCUGGACUUUCCUUCUCUGAAAGUAUUUGAUUUUAUGACAUACAGACCAGAACUGCCUCCUGCAGUAUCUGGCACAUAGCAUGUUUCUGCUCUAUUCCACUGAAUGUACAAUUGUAUCGGUCCUAUGAUUAAAUGCGUAGAAACUGUUUUCAUAUGAACAGUGUAGUUUAAAAAAAAAAAAAGAUAAUUGAAUGAGCUUGCAUGGCUCCAGAAGCAUGCUUCUAAGUCAGCUCUAACUGCUUACCGUUUGUUUAUCAGUGAAACCCUUUUGCAUACGUAGAUAAUAAGUACAGUUUAUAUUCGACUUUAACCACUGUCACUAUAGCAACUAGUAGUACGGCUUAUCAGUUGAAUUAAUCAGUUGAAAUGAACAAUAGCCAUUAAUAGUCAUUUAAAUCAAUAUUAAUAGUCACUGUAAUUUUAAGUGAUCGCUAGAUUGCUACCAAUGUUAAAGAUGUAAUAAUUAAUUAUUGUGAUAACUGUGAUUGUGAUAAGUUAUACAGUAUAUAUGUAGGAAGCCACUUUAGUUUAAUUGCAGUGCACCCUGUACUCAGCUUCUGAAUUUCUGGUUUUAAAGCUCAUUUAAUUGACCAGUGAAGUCACAGUGUUGUACGGGUAUCAAAAAUAAAAAAUGAGAACAUAGUGCAAUUGAAUUUUUAAAAACUCAGAGUUGAGUACUGAUUUUAAAUUCUAAAUUCUAAGUCUAAAGUCUAAAUUCUAAAUUCUAAAUUCUAAAUUCUACUGCGUGCACUGUGGUUACAUUCAAUAAUCUUGUAUUAAAAAUGUUGGACCCUCCAAUAUUUUUACCCAGUUGACUAUGUUGGUGUAUUGUUAUUGGUGAGACAUUACAUUUAAUCAGUUAAAAUUUUGAUCCACUUAUUGAUCACUUGCUAUGCUAUGAUUAUUUGUAGUUAAGGUAUUUGGGGGCAGUGUUUAAAGGAGAACAGCACUAAGUACUCUUUUACACUGGGCAUAUGUAGACAUUUUGUGUUUUCGGGUUUCUUUAGGAAGAUAAUAGACUGGACAAUGUUUUGAUUUAAUCUAUCAUAUUGUAAAAGUCAAAAUGCAGAUUUAUCAUUUAAAUGUGCUGGCAGAUUUUUCUGUAUGGGCUAAAGAAGUCUGUGGCUUUGACAAAUCCGACCAUUGUACAUUUAUAGCUGAAAUGCAGAUGUGUCGCGGAUAGUAUCUGCUCGCAGCUCCAAAUGACCUAAAAUAGUCUACUGUUUCAUCAGAACGGUCGAUUCUCUGGUCACGGGUCCUUCGGGUAAACUCAGUAUGUGAGUUUCCGAUAGACUCACGAGCGAGAAAAGUUACAGCACAGCUGUACAGUGGUUAUAGAAAAAUUAAAGUGGCUUGCACAUUGUUGUUGAUUUAUACACAGCCUAUUAAUGAGCGGGAACUUCUGCUUUUUACCAUUGCUGGAAGAUACUAGCGCCUCUGUAAAACAGGGCCUGUUACGUAAGCGCAGUGUGUUGUCGUGUAGAUCAUCAGCGCGGCCAUUUUGUUUAUCUCAGUGAAUCGGAAUUUUGUCUUAUGCGCGCCGGUUUUUGACGUUGCUGUUGAGAGGCUGUGGCACAGUGAAGUGGAACAAGCCCAUUCCAAUAUCCAAGACGUGAGCAGAGCAUUUCAUUACUUUGUUGGGAUCCUGUGGAAAUAUUCCACGCUGGAUCUGCAAAUGCUCGAGUGUUCAGGAGCGAGAUAACAAGACGUUGAGUCUGUCUUCAUGCGUGAAGAGAUCGUUGUUAACUGAAAAAAAAAACCGGGAUGAGAGUAAAUAUAACAACUGUAAAGAGCAGGAAAUUGGAUCAUUCUUUACAAUAAGGUCACAUGAAUUGGCAUUAACUAAUGUAGUUGUUAACAUGAAUUAACAAUGUAACAAAGCUGUGCAGAUGGACUUUUCAGUCGUAAGUAGUUUACAACUACCUUAGCUAAUGGCAAUUCACGUGACCUUAUCGUAAAAGUGUUGCCUGAAGCGCUUUAGUGCCUUUAAGGUCACAUGUUUGUGGCUGAAUCACUGACGCUUUUCAAAGAAGGACAGAACGUAAGAAGGACAGGUUUUGGUUCGGUUCGUUUGUGUUUCCUCUUACCUUGGAUAGUUUCAUUGUGGACAGUCGAGUUUCCGGGUUCCUCUGGGGUAUGUUUCUUGGUGAACACGUGUGUCAGCACAGAUGAUUUGUCAUUGGACUUUAAUUGCACAAUGAUCUCAGCUGCAAAAAUCAGCGGUUUGACCGAAGUGGUAUCUCUACACAUCCCCGCGGCUGCGGGGCGAAGCCGAUGUUUCGUAGCGGCUGCUUUCAGUGGAAAUCAAGCCGUUUAUAUUAAGCAACGUGUUCUCUCUGCAGCCUUAAGGCUUUUUCAGCAUUGAUUUUUUUAGGCUAUCUUUUGCGACGGAAUGGUAAUAGAGACAUCAAAGCAGUGGUUAUGCUCGCAGGCUGGUGAAGUGCACGGAUCAGUGCGCGGAUUGUUGUCUAGCAGGACUCCUAUCUCUUCAGCUGGAGACUGUGAGCAGACCGGUCCUGCCUCUCCAUAAGUUAAGCUAUGGCGGGACAGCGGGGAUAACGUGGCGUUGGGCCUCGUGUGUCUCUGGGCCGCUCCUGACUUACUCACGGAAUUUUCGGACGCGGUUUCAUCACGUUGCGUGUUGUCACGGCAACGGGGUCUGGCGAUAUAGAGCCGCGCCCCUCUGUGGAGCUCUGACUGGGUUAUAUGGGAAACCUGGAGUCUUCCCUCGGUAUCAGCUGGUUUGAGGUCGUGUAUUACCGCCAGUGGAAAACCACUGAACUCUGAAGUUGCUUUAACAUUGCAGUUUGUUCAUUGUGUCUUCAAAGCUGUUGCAAGCAGGGAAUUCACAGAACAAUUGCCAGGACGGGCUUGAAUUUAAUCACCCUUGCUCCAGGUGACAAAUUAAAAAUCAAAACUGAUCUUGGUUUUCUUUUGAGUAUCUUUUUAAAGAUGACCAGGGUGCAACAAAUGAGAGCCCAGUAUUGAAACUGGGUCAUUGUCAUUUGUAAUAUUGCAGGUGAUGAUGUUUGUUUGUUUAUUCUCUUGACCUUGUGAUAUUUGGAAAAUGGCGACUCUUGUGAUGACUUGGGUCAGAGCUGUUCCAUAUAUCCAUUCCAUUAGGGAGGUCCUUCAUAAGCCCUAUCCUCUCUUUGCUUUCCAAUCGGCUGUGUGCUUUAUCUAAUCUGUAUAUCUGUAUCAUUUCAGAGCUCUUAUGUAUGCAUUAUUGAAUUAUAAAUAAAAUUCUCUUUGUUGAAAAUA